GUUGUAUCCUAAUACUUCAGCCGCAAGGCACACCCAGGCGUCCUACCCCGGCGAGGAUUUAGGUGGGCGUUGUCAGCCGGACUCGAACUUGGAGCUACUCGUAGUAAACCCCGCGCCCGGACC